CGGCGACCCGCGACUCCUCCAUCACGCAGCGCAUCGCUCGCUCUCGCGGCAUCGCUCGGUUACAUGUCGCUCAAUCCGUUCACUCGGCAGCGCGAGAAGCGCGAGGAGAAGCUCGAGGCGAAGCUCGAGGAGCUCAAGGCCGCGCAGGCCGCUCCGCCGCUGUCGGCGCCUAUGGCAGAUCCGGCCCCGGCCAGCGCCUGGACGCCUGGCCGCGAGGUGGACUACGAGGCGGAGGACAUGAACAAGUACCUGCCGGCCUCGGCGCAGGUCGAGCAGGCCGCGCCCACGUGGCAGUCGCGGCCGACAAACUACUACGAGCCUCCGUCGCGCGCGUGGCAGUGCGUCAGCAAGCUCCAGUCUGGCUUCAUGAUCGGCGGUGCCUUGGGCGGCGCCUUUGGCUUCCUGUACGGCACCUUCGCCGCAAUCAAGUACAAGCACGUCCUCUACCUGCCGAUCGCCGUCCUGCAGGCGGGAGGCGCCUUCGGCUUCUUCCUCGCCUGCGGCACAGCCAGCCGCCGCGAGCAGGCACAGUCAUCCGCUGCGAGGAGCCGCCUCUCGCGCUGCACCCGCCGGCCGCCGGUGAGGAGCGGCCGAGAACGGCGUGACGCGGCGGCGCGGGGGGUAUUGGUUGCGGUAUUGGUGGUGGUGGUGGUGGUGGUGGUGGUGGGGUGGUAGCUCGUUGCCGGAGGCGGCGGGGGAGGGCGGGAGGGGCGUAGCUUCGUAGGGGCGGCGGCGGCGGCAACGGCCCAGGCGGAGCGCUGGCCGUCCAGCGGCCGGGCACGUGUGUGGGCAAGGCGGCUUGCGCUUGCGGCGGAGAGUGCAGUGAGAGCGGAGAGGUAUAGGUGCUGCUUGGGGGUGCGUGAUGCGCGCCGCCCCGCGGUCCCAGGAGUUGGCGAUGAGAAUACGCUCUAAACAUGAAAGCGAGAGAGAGAUUUC